AUGCUUGGUCAUUUUCAGCUUAUCCUAUUAUUCCAAAGUUUUCAAGUAACUUUUGUUAUUGCCUGUAUUCCAACUCAGCAGAUUGAAAGAGGCAAUAUUGAAGAAGUGACAUCAACAACUUCUAUCUCAACAAGCUUAUCUUUAGAACCUCUUGUCACAAGUUCUUCUACAACUUCUACAUCUACCUCCACCUCUACUACCACUUUUAUCAUCACUACUUUUACAACAAGCACAUCCACAACAACUACGACUACCAAAGCUCCGCCAAGCUGCCCCGAUAACUGGACAAAAUUCGAUCGCACCCCAACAUCAUGGUGUAUGCGGGUAGCCCUUCAACCAACCAUGGAAGAUGGAACCCUGGCAGUCUGCCAAGCUCUCAACUCAUCCGCCGUCGUUUCAGGCUUUGAAAACCAGAACGAAAUCUCAACAAUGAUGGCCUCUGCAGUCGAGCAAGGUGCUGAUUCCAACAGCAAUUUGUUUGUUGGGGCGAAACGCACCGAUGACUGCACAAGUUCAGGGCUAACUGCAACCUGUACAGCACUGAACUCUUUUGAAUGGACUGAUCCUAGUACGACAGGAACUGAUGGUUUUCAGUGGUCUGCAGGUCAGCCGGAUAACUAUAUGGGAACUUCUGAAUGUGUGAUGAUCAAUGCUGUGACUGAAUUGAUGGAUGAUGUGAAAGGAGAUGAUACUAGACAGGGAGUUGUAUGUGGAAUGUAUGUUGCGUAG